AAAAUCAUGAAAAUGUCAUGUUCACUAAUCUCCACUCUCAUCUGAGCUCAGCGUCAGGUUCCGACUUGAUUGCAAAUAUUUGCUGUUUCUGCAAGUCUGAAUACGUUUCCGCUGCCCCGCCAAGCUCACAACACCGCACAUUACGGGGGAGACCGCGGCUUGGAGUCCGCUGAAGUGGAGAGGUGGUACGGACGAAUAAGAUGAAGAAGAAGAAGUGAGGUGGACAAUCAGGAGAAGACACCAUGAAAGUUCAACUUUGCUGCCUCUUGAUUUUCUUGCUCCACAGUCAAGGCCCGAGUACAGGCGCUGCGAGAUUGAUCAGCCCGUACAUCAAUCACUAUGAAGCGAUAUCGUACGACAAGCAGGAUCUCCACAGGAAGCACCUGCGAGUCCGCAGAGCCGCACAACCUCACACAAACCUUCUGGAGCUGGACUUCACUGCUUUUCAAAGAAAUUUCCGCUUGCGCCUGAGACGAGCCGCCAAGGACUUCUCCAGCGACUUCAAGGUGAUCAGUGAAGAUGGAGCGACCACGCCCGACCUGUCCCACUUAUACUCCGGCACACUGGAAGGCGAAGAUGGUUCGGCAUGUCACGGCUCCGUGCUGGAGGGCCAGUUUGAAGGCAGCAUCCGGAGCCAGAACGUGACGUACCACGUGGAAGCGGCCCAAAGAUACGAGGCCAGCGAUCAUCACUCCAUUAUCUACCGUGAAGAAGACAUGGUCCUGCCUACAAGAGGAACUGGACUCCCUCCUGGAUUCUGUGGCGCACAACAUCUAAAUGUGCUUGCUCAAAGCUUGAUACCCCAGCAGGAGGCGUCAGAGAGCCGCGGGCGGAGAAUGCCGGAGGAGGCCAAGAUCAGCUGCUUGCUGCACCUCACCACCGACCACCUCUACUUCAAGAAGUUUAAGUCGGUGAAGGCUGUCGUUGCUCAGGUGGCUUCAUACAUGCGCGCUGUCAACGACGUCUACGACAAAGUGGAGUUUGAUGGAAUCAAGCUGAUCCACUUCAAACUGAAAUCCCUGACUGUGAUGAGAGAGGAGAAGAAGGAGGAUCCUCUGCAUGCUCUCUACAUCGGACCGGAGAAGCUGCUGAGUCUCUACUCGGAAAACAACUGGGGCAACUUCUGCCUGUCCUACCUGUUCACCAACCGAGACUACAGCGGCAUGCUCGGCCUCGCUUGGGAGGGCAAGCCUGGUAACUCAGGAGGAAUCUGUUCCAAAUACACCACCCUGCACGACGGCCGCAAGUCCACCCUCAACACAGGCCUGGUCACCAUUCAGAACUACGGACAGUUCCUGCCGCCCCGGCACGUCCAGCUGACCUUUGCUCACGAACUCGGACACAGCCUCGGCUCUCCGGUCAGUCCCUGGAACCUUGGUCAGCACGAUGAAGGCUCAAACUGUGGCGACCUGGGCUCCAGGGGUGGGAAGGGCAGGUACCUUAUGUUCCCAGAGGCCACGGACCAGGUGAGGCCAAACAACGACAAGUUGUCCACCUGCAGCGUCCGACGCAUCAGCGGCCUCCUGCGCCUCAAAAAGGACGACUGCUUUGUGGCUAGCGAGCAGCCCAUAUGUGGCAACCAGAUGGUGGAGGAAGGCGAGGAGUGCGACGUGGGUCACGAUGACUCGGAUCCUUGUUGCUACAGCUCUAAAGAGGCGGCGGGGGUCCAGUGCCGCCUCAAGCCCGGCAAAACCUGCAGUCCCAGUCAGGGUCUCUGCUGCGGCCCGGACUGCAGCUACAAGGCAACAGGUGAAAGCUGCGAUGAGGAGACAGAUUGUCAGGAGGAGGGGCUCUGCUCAGGUGUUUCCUCUCUGUGCCCGGAGCCACACCCCAAAGAAAACCUCACCGUCUGCAGUCAAGGGACCCGCAUCUGCCUGAAAGGGGUGUGUGCGGCGUCCAUCUGCGUGAAACACCACUUGGAGCAGUGCGACUGUCCGGGUGACUCCAAGAAGGAGAAAUGCCACCUGUGCUGCCAACAGCUGGAUAAGCCCGAGACGUGCGCCAGCACCACCUCCUCCUUGCUGUCCCGCCACUUCCAGAGAAAGGCCUUGGCCCUGGUGGGCGGGGCCCCGUGCAUGGCCAACCAAGGCUACUGCGACAAAUUCCACGUAUGCCGCCUGCUGGACGCCGACGGCCCCAUCGCCAGACUGAAGAACUCCUUCCUCAAUCUGCAGCACUUCGACGACCUGGGCGAGUGGAUGAAGGCUCACUGGUGGGUCAUCUUGCUGGCCAUCCUGACCCUGGCAGCCAUCAUGGGGAGCACCGUCUGCCUGUGUGGCAAACGUCUAGACACCACACACCUGGAAUGACUCACUCACCUUUCCUUCACACCAGCCAUCACGGGAUUGGUCCGGGAUCUUCAGCAAUGUCCUCAAGAUGGAACUAAUACACUUCCAAGUGCACAUUCUCACACUGCUUUUGUUGCAGCCUGCAAGAGUCAAUCAAAUACAAAAGAAAUGAUCACA